AGUAAUAACGGCCAGAGAUGCUGAAGGCGGCUUUCCUAUCAUUGCUUAUGCUCGUCUCCUUGGUCUUCACAACAUAUGCUGAUAAUAGAGCAAAGAGGGCGAUCAAUCCGUUCUUAGACUCAAUGGGCAAGCGGGCUCUUAAUCCUUUCAUGGACUCUAUUGGAAAAAGAGAAUAUCAACCAUAUCUCCGUUUUGAAAAAAGGUACUUUGACAGUCUGGCCGGGCAGUCCCUCGGGAAACGCUCUAUAUAUGAUGCCUAGGACGAGCAGACUUUGUGGAUAUUUAUGUGCCGAGCCGCUCUGACAGUCGAGAACGUUUUUUGAUAAUAAAUGUUGUGAUAAAUUGAUAACGUCGUACUGCGAACAUUGAUAAAGCACAUGUUUGG